AGGAAGAGAGAAGAAGGUAGCUAGCGACGAAGGCAAGCUCAGCCAACGUCUGCGAGGUCGGCGAGCAAGCAUGGAGCUCGCUGUGGGCGCCUCCGAGAGCGCCAUGAGCUCGCUGCUAGGCAAACUCGGCAGCCUCCUCGCCCAGGAGUACACGCUCAUCAGCGGUGUCCGCAGCGAGAUCCAGUACAUGAAUGACGAGCUCGCCAGCAUGCACGCCUUCCUCCGCAAGCUCGCGCGCGCCGCCGCAGCCGGAGCUGCCCACGACGAGCAGACCAAGGACUGGACCGAGCAGGUCCGCGAUGUCGCCUAUGACAUCGAGGACUGCGUGGACGACUUUGCGCACCGCCUUGGCCACCAGCCCCGCGGCGAGGGCCUCCUCAUCAACCUCCGACGCGCGUGGUACACCAUGGCCACGCUCUGGUCGCGCCGGGACAUCGCUGCCAAGAUCAUCGACCUCAAGAAACGCGCGCAGGAUGUCGGCGAGCGCCGCUCGAGGUACGGAGUGCAGGACCCCAAGCACGACUCCAAGGGCAAGUCGAGCGGAACGCCUCGCCCGUACACCGCCGACCACCAACCUGCCGCCCCGCAGCUCGUCGGCACGACCAAGCUGGUAGGGCAGGAUAAGGACAUCGUCGACCACGGGCAAUGGCUCACAGAGCCGCGGCCCGAGUGCGACGAGAGGAUCCUCGCCAUCGUCGGAUUUGGCGGGCUCGGCAAGACAACAAUGGCGCAGGAGCUGCUCCGCAGGUUCGGGGAGAAGUUCGAAUACCGGGCGUCCGUGCAGGUGUCGCGGAAGCUGAACCUCCCGUCUCUGCUGAGAAGCAUUCUCAACCAGGUCACGCCGCAGAAGGAACCCGAGCGCAAAAAUGACGGCGGCGGUGGCCCCUCGGAGAGCCGUGUCAAUGGGACCGAAGGAUGGAGCGUGCAACAGCUCAAGCUGAAGCUCAAAACACAACUCGAGCAAAAGAGGUACCUUCUCUUAAUAGAUGAUGUAUGGUCCGUAUCGUCAUGGCGAGAUAUUUGGGAAUCUUUGCCCAGAAAUAAAAAAGGUAGUAGCAUAGUGGUGACUACAAGGUUCAAGUCUGUAGCAAAUGCCUGCUGCUAUAAACAAGACCGUAUCCACAUGCUUAAACCACUCCGUGGUGAGGAAUCCAAAAUCCUGUUCUUUGAAAGAAUUCAUGAUCCAGAGCCGACAAAAUUCAAAGAAAUCAAGGAGGAAAUUAUAAAGAAGUGUGCAGGUCUGCCUUUAGCAAUACUUACAGUAGCAGGUCUCUUAGCCAGAAGAGACCUGAACGAAAGUAGUCAUUGGAAAACAGUGGAGGAGUCUCUAAACUCAGAGUUAGAAAAGAAUCUCUCCCCCGAGGGAGUGACGCAUAUUCUUAAUCUCUGCUACAAUGAUUUGCCAGCCGAUCAGAAGAAUUGUUUGUUGUACUUGAGCAUAUUCCCAAAGGGUUGCAGCAUCCACAGGAAGCGUUUGACCAAGAGAUGGAUAGCUGAAGGUUUCAUUAUUGAGAAGGAUGGGAAAACUGUUGAGGAGGUUGCUGAUGACACCUUUAAUGAUCUCAUCAGCAGAAAUAUAGUUCGGCCAGUGGAGCAUAGCAGUAAUGGGAAGGUGAAAGCUUGUCAGGUUCAUGAUAUGAUCCUUGAAUACAUUGUGUCCAAGUCAAGCGAAGAGAAUUUCAUCACUGUGGUUGGAGGACACUUGCUCACACCAACACCAAGCAACAAAGUCCGCCGGCUUUCCCUGCAUAGCAGCAAUCCUGAGGACGCGAAAGAGAAAAUGGAGAGCAUGAACUUGUCCCAUGUCCGGUCACUAACAGUGUUUGAGAAUUUUCACCAUUUGCCUUCUUAUUCAUUCAAGUCUGGAAUCCUGCAGGUGUUGGAACUGGAAGGUUGCAAGAGCUUAAAUACCAAUCAGCUGGACAAAAUAUGUAAGAUGUUCCACUUGAAGUAUCUGAGCCUACGCAAGGUAUACAUCAAGAAGCUCCCAUCAGAAAUAGGAAAGCUUCAAUAUUUGGAGACACUGGAUAUAAGGGAGACAAAUGUGACAUACUUGCCUUCAUCCAUUGGGCGGCUCCAAAAAAUGGUCCAUCUUCUUGGUGGCAAUAAAUCCACACGUCGUGCCUUAAGAUUCACCGAAGAAAUUGCAAACAUGACAGCAUUACAGACACUAUCAGGGAUUGAGAUUAGUACGAGCUCAACUCGAGACCUUGGAAGCAUGCACAACCUCACCAAAUUGAAGAAGUUGAGCAUCUACAAUCUUAGAGACCUUGAUGCCAAUAGCCAUAAGUAUGAUUUACUCUCUGCCAUUGAGUACCUAAGUGGCUUCUCCCUAAAGUCUCUUGCAAUUGAUGAUGGUUUCACGGGUUUUCUUAAUUCAAUGGAUGACCUAUCCACUCCACCAAAAUACAUUCUCUCACUUGAUCUUUCUGGCAAAUUGCUUCAUGUGCCUAAAUGGAUCAAGGAGCUGGAAACUCUUGAGAACUUAACUUUAUCGUUGACUUCACUGCAGACAGAGGGUUUGCUACUUCUUUCCCGUCUCCCUUUGUUGUUUUCUCUCACAUUUUCAGUCAUUGCAAAAGGGCAUGAUCGUAGCAUCGUGAAGAUUCUAGAGAAGAAUACAAUGGAUUCGGGAGGCAAGAUCUUCGUGCCGCCUGGCGGAUUUGUCCGUCUCAAACUACUCCGAUUCUCCGCACCCGUGAUGCCACUACUGAGCUUCCUAGAAGGGGCAAUGCCAGAGCUUCAAAGACUCGAGCUACAAUUCAGGAUAUUGGAAGGUGCUUAUGGUUUAGAGAACCCUGGAAAUCUUCAGCAAGUGAAUCUAACAGUCAGCCAGCAAGCUUCUGAAGCUACCAAGGUGAAGGUGUCUGAUAUCAGAAGUUCUGUAGGUAUGCAUCAGAACAAACCUACAGUGGUAGUUGAUGAGUACUACGAAUGAUCAAAGUUGAAACGGUUGUCGUGUCUUUAUCCUUGCAAGUUCAUUAUUGAGUUUGAAUAAUAGCCCAUUGGGCUGGCCUGUGUGCAAUAAAAUGUAAACAAAGCUGU